AUGGAUGUGAUCAACAGUGAUACCACAUUGGGAUUAUAGCAAUUUUCAUAGCUCAACAGGAGAGAAGUGAAGCAAAAGGACAAAUUUGUGGGGACUAACUAGCUGCUACGGAUUGACUGGAGGAUUGAAGGAAGAGGAGAGAGAAAGAGGGCAGAACGGAUAAACUAAACACAAUUUGAGGAGAUCAGUUUGAACAAGCGAAUACACUUUGUUUUCCAUCCGUCUGCUGCCAGGCCCCAGACCUGCCAGACCCGAGCUGCUGGUGCACACCAACACAGAGUAAUUUUCUCAGCAUCAGCCGCUUGACGGGUGAAGUCAGAGCCGUAGGGAAGAUUGGCGAUGAUCUACUUUCGGGUUUGCCAGAAGUGUCAGGGCCAUCACCGUUAGAGCUCAUUGUGUUUGCAGUGGCACAGAGAGUGAGGGAGCGGGCAGUGCGCAGUAAUCUGAGGAUGACACCCGCACUUUAUUCCGUCAGAUAGUGCUCAGUGAGGUGUGCGGUGCAGCUCGUCACACUUUGUCUCUGCACAACAAACACCCAGGCGCACACUCACACAUACAUAAAACACACAUACCUAUGUACACAUACAAACACACCAGAUCUACUCACCCUCAGAGACUGAUGAUGCAUUAGGUCCUGACAAUCAGGGGGAACUCUGUCCGGACCUUAAACAUAGCAAGCUCUCAGAUUGGUGUGUAUCAGUGUGUGUGUAUUUGUGUCUGGAGUGCAUCCAGGCGCUGACUGCACCCAGUGGAGCAUGUUGGAAAGGAAGAGUUAGGCAGGUCGAUGCUGCACGAUUAUACUGUCUGAUAGCCUGUGAUUAUUCUGAGGAGUCUAAAAUUACCAUGUAAAAUCACUGUCCAUUUACGCUACAGUGUAUACAUGAUAGCGUGUCGAAAGAGUUCUGGCAUUCAAGCGAAUAAUGGUAGAUACCUUGUGAGAAUAAUGUGCUAGUCUCUGGGGUAAAAUACAAAAAGUGUAAUAUCAGAAACUGAAGCAUAUUACUGCAGUUUGCUCAGCCCCUUUCAAGUUGGUUAUUCUACACAGAGCAAGCACCUCCACUCUCUUUUUUUAUAGAGCAGCACUUGAGCUCAAUAGAUUUUAUUUAACCUCAGCUAUCUCCAGAUGAGUUGCAGUAAGAUGGUGGUUGCCAUCUCUCCAGAGGCCUGCCCAGUUCGGUUAUAGCUCAAAGGAACAUUGACUUCUGCCUGCCGAUUUGUUGGGUGAGAAGCGCUGAAAACCUUGUUAGACUCAUUAAAAUACAAUCUGUUGGAGAAUGAACACUGUUGCCCUAGAUUUCUCUGUCCUCGAGGGCACGGCAAUGUAGGUAGCUCUAUUUCAAAAGUUAGCAUUCAGUCAACAUCAGUAGAGAUAAACUUGACUUGCUUGGUGAGCCCAUUUCCCUGCCUGUAUCCGACUGAAAUAUAGUAAUAUUGAUGUUUUCUGCUCCUUUGAGUAGUGUGGUUUGACCUUCGGGAGACAAGCAGUCUAUUUGUUGUUGUGGUUAGUUGUGUGGCUGAUUGUUAGGGAACCUGGUGCUCAGAACCAGCCUAGCUCUGAGUUUGACACUGCAGUGUAUAGUUGGUGAUGAGCUAAUUAAGUUGUCCCUCAUUUGGUUAAUUACAUAGCUGCCAUUACUGAGUAACCUUGUUGGUAAAGAACAUAGUAUUGCAGCCUUGUCUGCCUUGGUCACACUUGAUAUUGGCUUUUCUGGUUUAUUGAUCUGAGGGUCUUGGGCUUUGGUCUUAGGAGGCUCAGAGCACUGUGGUAGAAAAUAGCUAGCCUUGCAGUGUUUGCUUUGUUGUCAUUUUGCUUAGAUGGGACUGAGCUCCUGUUCUGCUUUGUAGCAGCAAAGCUUCUGCACUGUAUGGAUUUAAGACACUGCAUGUCGUAACUUCUUUCUAAGCAGCACAAGGUGCUAAAGUCAACAGUGGAACUUUUUGUUGCUCUAAGCUCAUUUCUGUGUGCAUUGUGAUAUACUGUCUAAAUCGCUAGCUCUGUUAGCACGCUGAGCUCCAGCCAGACUUCUGUGUGUUGCGUGCAAGUCCUGGCUACAAUUCAGUUCUAUGUCACUUUGCUGCUAAAGCAGUUUCUUUGCAUGUGUUGUGAUGCAGCGCAGCACAUAAGAGCCCUUUCUUAAAGUGUUGUCCUCAAACAACAACUUCUGUCUGAUUGCACUGAAGUAAAGCUAGGCAGUUAGCGUGUGCACGUGCCUGCAGCAUUGCAGAGAACAAAUCAGAGUGUGUAUACGUGUGUGUGUGUGUGUGUGUGUUUGUCUGUAGCAGUGCAGGCAGGGUCACAGAGGACCCAUUGAUCAAACGUGCACAUAUCCACACACACACACACACACACACACACACACACGUUCACACACACCCACAGCUUCUCAAUACACAAUGAGGCCUGUCCAGAGCUCUGUCCUCUGUCGCCUCCUCCCUGCCCCCUUCUCUCUGGCCCUGCGCAGCCUGGUCCUGGUCCUGCUCUGCAUCACUCCUCACUGUCAGGCGGUGCAGGCGGAGAAUGUGACAGUCUUGGAGGGAGGGACAGCCCAGAUCUCCUGCCGCCUGCAGAACUACGAUGGAUCAAUCGUGGUCAUCCAGAAUCCCCGCCGGCAGACCCUCUUUUUCAACGGCACGCGAGCCCUGAAGGACGACCGUUUCCAGAUGGUGCUCUUCACGCCGCGGCUGGUGCGCAUCACGUUGACCAACGUCAGCGUGUUGGACGAGGGCGGCUACUUUUGCCAGCUCUACACGGACGCCACGCACCACCAGGUGGCGACGCUCUCUGUCCUGGUGCCGCCGGAGACGCCCACGGUGGAAGUGAAGCAGGAGGCCGUGGAGGGCGGCGAGGUGGAGCUCACCUGCGUGUCGCCGCGCAGCAAGCCGGCCGCCACCCUGCGCUGGAUGCGUAACGGCCGGGAGAUACCAGGUGUGGUAUCCCAGCAGGACAAUGGGAAGACGUUCAGUGUGUCCAGCACCAUCCGGAUCCCGGUAGAAAGGAAAGACAAUGGGGCAGCGCUGAGCUGCGAGGCGUUCCACCCGGCGCUGAGUGGACAGAGGAGGGUUCGGCACUACCGCCUGGAUGUGUAUUUUGCUCCCACAGUGAGAAUUGUUCCUCCUUCUGGCAUUUUGCGAGAGGGCGACUCGCUGAGCCUCACCUGCUCCGUCACUGGAAACCCUCUGCCCAGGAACAUUCAGUGGUCCAAGAUUAAUGACACCUUACCUGAGAGGGCAGAGAUUUCCGGCCCCACCCUCCAGAUUUCCCGUCUCAGCCAGUCACACAACGGGACGUACUUGUGUCAGGCCCAGAACAACUUUGGACGCGCUGCUGAUCAUUACACCCUAUUGGUGUAUGAUAAUGUGUCAGUCACUACCACGGUCCCUCCCACUCCCACCUCCACCCAACUAAUCACCUCCCAUUCCGCCACCCCAACCCUCCUAACACACAGCUACGCCGUGGACCCGGAAGAUCCCGGUGCAGUGGUGGAGACUCACAGCGCAGUACCAUACGCGGUGAUAGGUGGCGUUCUGGCACUGCUGGUUUUCACCGUCAUCUGCGUCCUCAUCGUCACCAUCUGGUGCUCCGUCCGACAGAAAGGUUCCUAUCUUACCCAUGAGGCCAGUGGGUUGGAUGAACAUGGUGAGGUGCAAGAGGCCUUCCUCAAUGGGAACGACGCCAGCCAGGGCAAGAAGGAGUACCUACUGUAGCCCUUCUCCUUCCCUAUCCCCUUCUCUUCUGACCUCAACCCUCUAUCCCUUCCUCUCCCCGUCUCCCUCCUUAUAUACAGUAUAUACACACACACACAUACCCACAUACACUUCUAUACAACACGCCAUAACAGGCGGCCUUCUGAAAACGACUGUAUACAGAUACUGCACACAGCCAGUCCAUCCUGCUUCAUUCCACCCCACAUCCUCACAUCUUCCAUACAUGCACACACACAUAAACCCAGAGACUGACCGAGAAAAAGAGAGCCUAUAGACCCACCAGCCAUUAACGACUGUGCCAUAUACUGUAAGUCGGAGAAAUUGGGAGAAAAUGGAGAGAGGGAGAGAGGGGUGGGGUGGGGGAGAGGGUAAGGUGUAUGUAGGCAAUAACAAAAUUAUGCCAUAAUUAUUUUGAUCGAGAGGGAAGAGGGGAGCACAAAAGAAAAACCGGCACUCUGCCCAUGCAGCCACCAAAGUGGAAGGGGAAUUAGAGUCAGAUGACUGCUAUAAUUCCAUGCCUGGAGAAAACCAUCCAUUUCACAAAGCUCAAUCUUUAACUAGCGGAGACAAUGGGAGCAGUGUGUGAGAAGGGAGGGAGAGGGGCAGAGCUGACCAGGAGCUACUGAGCGCCCGGCACGAGAAAAUUGAAAUUUUAAAAAUUGCUAAAGCAUCUUGCCUACAGAGCGCAUCUCAUAUAUAAUUCCCUAACAACACUGGAGUGUGUAAGCCCAGAGUCCCGGGAAGUAUCCAUACUUUAUGAACAAGCUAACUGUCCUGUUUUGCUAUCCCUGUUAGGUGGCCUGCCAAUUUGUGAAUGAAAAAAAAAACAGCUUUUAGUGAUUUUUUUCCCUUUCCCUCUCACUGUAACAGUGAGGGAAAGGUGAUUCUCUUUUUCUAUCAAUUUACUCCCUCAUCUCCUUCUUCCUCUCCGUUCACCUGUUCACCAUCCUCUCCCCUCUUCCUUAUAUCUCCCUUUCUCUCGGUCUGUCCCCUUCAAUCGCUCCUCCUUUGUUGGCUCCUAAUAAUGAAAGGAUUAGUGUUGGGCUUCGUUCCCGACAAAGAAGAAAGGAAUAUGACUUGCUAAGGCAUUAAAGAAAAGCUUAAUUAUUUUAGAAUGUCAUUAAGAGGAUAAAAAGGUUUAAAAGUCUUAAUAAGAAGGGCAAAGGGAGCAAGAGCAAAUGGAAUGAAUGGGAAUAUAAAAUGGGUGGAUAUUUUUUCUGAAUGCUACCACACGUAUGCAGAUACAUGCACACAUUCAUACGUACAGUAAACAUGUUGAUAGAACAAGUAUACAUAUCUCUGAAUUCCUUAUUUGUAUAAAAAAAAAAGAACAGCAACAUAAAUUAAAUGAAACUUUUAAGAAAUAAGAAAACAGUUUACUAUUGAAACGCAUUAUGAAACAACUAUACUAACACAGAAUAUUAGCCUAUAGAGGUGCAAAGCCGAACAAACUACUGUCCAGUGAUCUUUAAAGAAAAUAAAGAAAAGAAAAAAAAAAUCAUUUGUCUUUAUGAGAAACCAGAGGUCUUAUUGAUUUUUUAUUAAUUAUUAUUAUUAUUUGAACAAUUAUGAUUGUUGUUACUGUUAUUAUAAUUGCCGUUGUUAUUAUUAUAAUUGUAAAUGUUAAAGAAUUGUACACUUCCCAUGGUUUGUUUUUGGUUCUACUGUAGAGAAAUUGCUGUCUUUUUUCACUCUUUUCCUCUUAUCUUUCCUCUCUUUCCCAGUCUUUCUCUCUCUCUCUCUCUCUCUCUCUCUUUCUCUCUUCGUCUCCUGUGCCUAGUCGUCUCUUCUCCUGUCUUUCACCCUUGUUUAUUUUAGAGUCCAUGUGUCAUUGUUGAUAUAUAGCUAACUAUUUCUUUAUAGGGGAAAGAUACAAAGCACGACAAAAUUAAAAAAAGAGUUCAAAAAUAA